CAAAGAUGGCAUACCGGAUUAUUAUGAUGACGACGACGACAAUGACGGUAUUCCCGAUAUUGACGAUACUGAUGAUGACAAUGAUGGCAUACCGGACUGGCUAGACUUAAAUGACAGAGACACGGACAGCGAUGGCAUAAAAGAUCGAUACGAUCCAGAUGACGAUAAUGACGGUAUAAUCGACAAAUAUGAUUUGGACUCGGACGGCGACAGCAUCCCCGAUAUAUAUGAUCCCGAUCAGGUGGAUACCGACGGAGAUGGAAUACCGGAUUCGCUAGAUAAAGACGAUGAUAAUGACGGCAUUCCGGAUUAUCUCGAUCCAGACGAUAAUAAUAAUGGCAUCCCAGAUCUGCUGGAAGUGCAUCUGAGUCUGGUAGACAAGUCACGUGACACUGACAACGACGGAAUACCGGACUAUCUCGAUCCCGACGAUGAUAACGAUGGUAUACCGGAUUUCAAAGACGCAGACGAUAACAACGACGGCAUAGAUGAUAAACUGCAAGACACAGAUGGAGAUGGCAUGCCGGACUGGCUAGACGGUGACGACGAUAACGAUUCGAUACCGGAUUUACUUGAUAUUGAUACCCGAGAUACUGACAGCGAUGGCAUACCGGAUAUUUUAGAUAGGGACGACGAUAAUGAUGGUCUGGUAGAUGAAGAUGAUGACGACGACGAUAAUGAUGGUAUUCCUGAUCAUCUUGAUCCGGAUCAUAAGGAUACCGAUGGGGAUGGUAUUCCAGAUUGGUUAGACAAGGAUGAUGAUAACGAUGGAAUACCGGACGUUUUGGACCCAGAUGCUGAUGGGGAUGGCCAACUAGACAUAUUCGAUCCGGACCGUAGAGAUACCGACGGAGAUGGAAUACCAGAUUAUAGAGACUACGAUGACGAUAACGAUGGCAUUCCAGAUUCUCGUGAUCCGGAUAUAGAUGGAGACGGAAUACCAAACAAAUUCGAUCCAGAUACCAGAGAUACCGACAAUGACGGAGUGCCAGAUUGGCUCGAUUUGGAUGAUGACAAUGAUGGUAUACCCGACUCAAAAGAUAAGGAUUCCGAUGGAGAUGGAAUUCCUGAUAAAGACGAUAUCGAUUUCAAGGACACCGACAACGACGGCAUCCCGGAUUGGCUGGAUUCUGAUGACGACAACGAUGGUAUUCCCGAUCAAUUUGAUGAUGACGACGAUGGGGAUGGAGUGCUUGACAUUUUCGAUUCCGAUUUUAUUGACACUGACCACGACGGAAUUCCAGAUUCAGUCGAUACGGACAAAGAUGGAGACGGUAGAUCCGAUAUCGAUUCGGACGGUGAUGGGAUACCGGAUGAUGAAGACGAUGAUGAUGAUAACGACGGAAUUCCCGAUGACUUAGAAGCAGAUGAAGAUAAUGACGGCAUCCCGGACUAUCUAGAUGAUGACGACGACAACGAUGGCAUACCGGAUGAGCUAGAUGACGAUAAACUCCACCCACAGCCGAAACAAAAAUUAAGGAAGAAAACUGAACUUUGAAAAAUUUUCUUCGCGAAGAGCUCGAUAUUUUAUGAAGAAAUGAAAUCAAAUAGGAACAAAGGUAUUGUAAACAAUGCAAUAUCUUUCAAUAAAAUGAUUAUUUAAAUGUAAUUGUUAGUCAUUUGUACGUAGCCCAACAUCUGUGUGGAAAUAAAUUAAAUAAGUUUUAUAAUAUUUGAUUCAAGUAAGUUAGCAAAUGAUGUUAAAGUAUUGUAAUAAUUAAAGUUCAUGAUUCAAUUUUGCUUUAAGUUUUAUCAAUUAUCCGCCAAUAAAAGUUAAAUUAUUUUUUUAAAUCAACUUUUUUAAUUAGCGUCUCAUGUUUUAUUUCGAUUUUUUAGAUAAUAAUUUGUUCUUACUUAAAUUAUUAUUCAUUUCGAAAUUUCAUUUUAUUUAUUUCGUAAAAAUAAUAAUAAUUUUUACACCUUUUUGUUAUUCGCAAUGGUCUUUCAUUCAAUUAACGUUAAACAAUAUAAUUCAUUAAAGUGAUUGAUUUUGAAAAAAAUUUAAU